AUAUAAAGUAUCACAUUCGGGAGGGUGGGAGGGGCUACGAAAGUCCUAAACCAAUCAGCGCUUUUGUAUUGGAUUCCCAUUCAACGUGAGGCAGUACACUUCGUCCACGGGUGUCAGUCAGGACGCGCUGUGUCUAUCGGUGGCUGUCCCAAGCGAGCGGUUAGAACUAACCAUAAACACUGUUCGCAAGUCCCAUAUAUAAUGAAGAAUUUUACAGUUUGUGAAGGUGGCGGCGCAGACCUCUCGCUCUGACAUCGAUUUUGCCACCGGAAGAGAGUGCUCGCCUUGCAAGCAAGCUAGCAAGGGUAGCCAUUGCAUGCCGUCGUUUUUCCUCCACCGCUGACCUCACAACUACACACCGUAACAGAGGUGCAUAGAGUAUUGGUAGCGGGGCUUCUGUUGGCCCCUCUCUUCAGCCCGGCUCCAGUUGUCUCCCGCGUGGUUGCCCGUUGACGGUUCCCGAAUAUGAGACACAAUGAGUCAAAGAGAUACCCUAGUUCAUCUGUUUGCAGGAGGAUGUGGUGGCACAGUAGGUGCCAUAUUGACUUGCCCACUGGAAGUAGUGAAGACGCGUCUGCAGUCAUCAUCCAUCAGUCUCUAUGUUUCUGAGGUUCAGCUGAGUACCGUGAAUGGGCCCAGUGUGGCCCGGAUGUCUCCACCAGGUCCCCUGCACUGCCUCAAAUUAAUAUUAGAGAAGGAAGGACCCCGUUCACUCUUCAGAGGCUUGGGACCAAACCUGGUGGGUGUGGCACCGUCCAGAGCCAUCUACUUCGCUGCUUACUCCACAGCCAAAGAGAAAUUGAACAAUGUGCUGGAACCUGACUCCACACAGGUUCACAUGAUAUCAGCUGGAAUGGCAGGUUUUACAGCCAUUACAGCAACCAAUCCAAUAUGGCUUAUAAAGACUCGUCUUCAGCUGGAUGCCAGAAAUCGAGGGGAGCGUCGGAUGAGUGCAUUUGAAUGUGUGCGGCGGGUGUAUCAGUCGGAUGGCCUCCGAGGCUUUUACAGGGGCAUGUCAGCGUCUUACGCCGGCAUCUCAGAGACUGUGAUCCACUUUGUUAUCUAUGAAAACAUCAAACGGCGGCUCCUGGAGGCCAAAGCCCCCCAGAAUGUGGACGAGCAAGAGGAGGUAUCCAAGGACGCUUCAGACUUUGUGGGGAUGAUGCUUGCCGCUGCCACUUCCAAGACAUGUGCCACAUCCAUUGCUUAUCCUCAUGAAGUGAUCCGCACACGGCUACGUGAGGAGGGCAGCAAAUAUCGCUCCUUCUUCGAGACUUUAACAACAGUUCCCAAAGAGGAGGGAUUUCGCGCGCUGUACCGCGGCCUCACCACCCACUUGGUACGACAGAUCCCCAACACUGCCAUCAUGAUGUGCACCUACGAGAUGGUGGUCUACAUCCUGAACCGUUAACGUGUUCGCUCCUUGACUAGAACUCAUCCUUGUAUUCCAGCCCUUGUUCAGUGUUUAAAAGACGUGGGGAAAAAAACCCACAAGAAAAAAAAGCAAGACCUUACUGAAAGCUGCAACAAAGGCUCACGAGAUGACUGAGGCAGCAUCGCGACAAUGUCUUAGUGAUGAUUUUAAGUGGCAUGUUUUCUUUGAUCACAAAAGGCACAAAAAAGUUUGAAUGAUACCAAUGGUGAUAUUUGGGGGUCUUACAAUUAUAACCAGCCCUCCCUCAUCCAUGACUAUUGAUACUACUCCCACUGCCACAAUACUAAUUUUGAAAAUUGUAGUUGCACUUCGAAGUAAUACUGCUUACUGACUGACAUUUUCAUGUCCAGAUGGCCGAUCUGUUCUUUGUGCCGUCAAAUUCAAAAUGAAGCAAUUUGGAGUAACGUGUAGUUCGAGAGGAAUGUGCCUUGGGUAAAGCGGCACGACGUAAAUUAGGAUGCACAUGUGCUUGUAGUUCACAUUGUGAAAUAAUUUCAUUGCACACAGGUAUUGUGAAGGUUCGGGCCCUUACGGAAACUUUGUUUUCGAUGUGAAUAUACAUGAGCUUCGACUUGGAUUUUGCAACCACCUGAUCCCUCUUUCUCUUGCUCUUCAUGCAUUUCGAACUCUCUCAUCUGCACAUAAAAGCAGAAGGAAACUCGCUCAUUAUGCUUGAAUUAGAGUACAUAACUAAUAAUAUCCAUCGCUAUACUGUGUGUUUGAAUCACCAAAUGAAACCACAUCACUUGGCCUGCUUUGUAUUUGCUGGAAUGUAAAUAUGCAGGUUUAAGGAAGUGAAACACUGACCCAGGUUUUUAAAAAUAAAUAUUAAUGAAUUAACUAGUUUUAACUAAUUGCGAUGUUAAUACGGCUGAAAUAAUAUACUUCAAUUUGUUUGACUGGUAAGGUAAAUGAAACUGUCGUUCAUCUUUAUUGGAGAGAGAGCAUUUGCGCCCUUGUGAAAAUUUGAUUUUCCAACCUAUAUUCAUGAUGUCUCACAAUGUUUUUUUUUUCUUGGAUUUGCGUUCAAUUUUUCCUCAUUUUGAAAAUCCAAACUCGUUGAGGACAAUCCUGUCAGUUCUCGCCUGGAAAUUUGAGGGUCAGUUAGUGUAGAUGAGUUACAAAGUAAUAUAACUGUCUUAAACGCACAAUAAUAAAUACACAUUAUAAUUGUUGAGCUGUCAUUUUAUAUAUUUUACUGAUGUGAAGUCCAUUGCUGAUUAUAUAAAGUGUGUGUGUGUAUGUAUACAGUAUAUGAACGUGUAUGUGUUUGUGUGCGUAUGUAUAUAUAUAUACACACACACACACAUACAUAUACAUUAUAUAUACACAUAUACAUACACACACACACACACAUAAAACAAUAUUUCUCACCUGUUAACAAAGAUUUACUCUUGCCGUGUCAACUUUUGUCACCGGCUGUAGCCCUUGGACUAAAUUCACAAUGCUCACAACCAGUAAAUUGAAUUGUCCAUUUUUGCUGUGAUUGGUCACCUUCAUUGACCCAUUCUCAUGAACUAACCUCAGUGAAAGGGCAGCAUUGGCCUCCUCCUUGAAAGCAUUUUGGCAGGCACAAGGCAGUUGGGUGAGCGUGCUCAAAGCUGGUCAGUCAGACGAGACGAUUUAAUGUACGCAGGUUGGCUGAGUUAAUUUUAACAAACCUUGAAAAUGGUGGUUGGCUCACCCCUCCCCCCUCCCCCUACCAAAAAAGAUGUUGAAAGCUCUCUGAAAUUGACAAGUCAAAGUGAAAUGCAUUACCCAGUGUCACAAGGAAUAUAAUCCUCUAUCUUUCGAAUAAAUUAACCAGAACUGGAACUAUAUUAAUACGAGUAUGCAUCUUUUUCAACUACAUUGUACAACGUGUCUGCCUGCUGUUCAUGUAGUCUCCCAUUCAUUCACAUGUCAUUGUUUUGCACCCAUGUUUGCAUCGUGCGCUUGUGAAUGUACUGUAUGUAUUGUGUGUGCUUCCCUAAAUGACAGUCUGAUGUGAUUCAGUCGUGUCCUGACCGCAAGAGACGAGAUAUUACGUAUGCACUCGCAAUGCAGGUUUUUAUCUUUUUAAAUAAAUGGUUGCCUUUU